AUGACAAUAGUUGACAGUCUCAUUCUGGCACUGGUGCAUGUGGUUUAUAUUUUAUUGUUAUCAUUUAUCAAAAACCUAUUUGACAAAAUCUGAUUUGUUAGUGUUUAUUUACAGAUAGUCGUCAUAAUAAGGUACAUGUGUAUUUCAGUUUCAGCAUCUAACAGUAAAUCUACAGACGGCUUUUGUUUCAGUCAUGAAUUUGCAUUUGAGGUGAAAGUAAUGGCCCUCAUCGAUUUGAAAUUCCCAUGCUCGGCGCUGCUGUGAAACAAUCCAAUUUGCUCAAGUCUCCUUAAUAGAGCCGAAUGCAAACGCAGAAAAUGUCCCGAAUAGUAGUUACUCCAGUUUACGGUCUAAGGCCACCACGUUUUGAAUUAUACCGAAUCCAAGAAAGGAUAAACAAGAUUAGAGCACUGAAAUUAUUGGAACAAAACCGAAAAACAGAAAAGCCUGAAGAUUUUAUAAUUUACGACGAAAGCGAUUCGGAUGAUGAGGCAGAGUUAUUGAAACAAGGCAAUUCAGCAUCGUACAAUUUUGUCGAUUUUGUGAGACAUAGAGAAUAUCAAACCGCAAGACACAUAGUUGUAUCACCAGAGUAUGGAAAUAGGCAUAUUUUAACACAUGAACUGUUCAAAGAAAAUCCGAUUAAUUUAGGACACGUGAAUAAAGUGUUCUGUUCUCAGUGGUUAAGUGAUAGACAAGUUGUGUUCGGAACUAAAUGCAAUAAGCUAAUGGUGUAUGAUGUGCAAACGCGCAAACUAGACCAAAUCCCUUCUCUUAUUAGUAGAAGUGAACUUCCCAACAGUAACGAGCAAUCAAGUGGUAUUCACUCAGUACAGCUGAAUCCAUCCAAGACAUUGUUAGCAACCGGCGCAAAAAAUACGUGUGAUAUUGCGGUUUACAGAUUGCCCACUUUAGAUCCAGUUUGUGUGGGGGAAAAUGGCCAUAAAGACUGGGUUUUUGAUGCAUGUUGGCUUGACGAUGAAUUUUUAGUUUCUGGGUCGAGAGACACUAAACUAGCUUUAUGGAGGAUUACCGAAGAUGUUUUAGAAGCAAAAAGUGAAACACCCACUCAUAAAACCAUUUUGCCAGUGGUGUUAAAAGAUUGUCGAAACGCACAAAAGACACCUUUUCAUGCAAGUGGAACAAAUGCGAGCCGUAAUUCCAUAAGAGCAAUUUCAUUCAACCAAGCAAAUCAGGAAUUUGCAGCACUUAGUUCAAAUGGAUUUAUUCAUGUGUUCGACGCUCAAACUUUUAAACAGGAAAUGUCUCGCAAAUUGCCCAGUUCACAAGAGAAUGUGUGCAUGGCAGUGCAAUGUUCAAGAAGUGUUUACGCAAUCGGGUGUAAGUCGUACACACUACUGUUAGAUACUAGAACUCUGCAGGCAGUCAAGAAAAUUUCUUCUCGCUAUUCUGGAUGCGGAAUUCGCUCAGCCUCAUUUCAAGGGGACAUUCUAACAGUGGGUACUGGUUUAGGGCUGGUGAUGUUUUACGAUUUGAUAGCCGGAAAAUAUUUAGAAAGCAGCAUCAAUUCAUCCAGAACUGUUAUAUUGAAAGUCAGUAAAGGAUAUGUGUUUCCGGAUGAAGAAUAUAUGGAUAUUGUCCAGCACGUAAAAUACGUGCCAACCAUCUACACUCAUUGUUACGAUGCAACCGGAAUGCGCCUUUUUACCGCUGGCGGUCCCCUUCCUGCCACCCUGACGGGAAACUAUGCCGGCUUGUGGCAAUAAAAUGAUCAUUAAAUAAGUUUAUUUUAGGUGUAGGCUAGCGGUUUAUAUUAUGGAAAUUUAAGUUUAUUAUAUAUGGAGAUUUAAGUUUAUUCUUGGCUAAUUCGGAAUAUUUUCCGAGGGCAAACUGAACUAAUAUCUGGCACGUGUGAUAAUAGUCUUAUUUCGUUGUUAAGUUCAUUUUAACUUCAGUAGUUUUCGUAUUGUACGAAUGGCGCAAUUUUUACAGAUUACAAUACUGAGAACAAAUAA